AUGAUGAUGACUGGCCGUGUGCUGCUGGUGUGUGCCCUCUGCGUGCUGUGGUGCGGUGUCUGCGGUGGUGGACAAGCUGAAGCAACUCCAGCUCCUCCGCCCGACAAGAGCACUAAAAACGACAAUGCGACCACAGGUGUCGCUGAAGGAGGUGGCCAAAAUAGUAAACCGGCAGAGCUUCAAGAAGCACCCGCAGCAAAGGCGCCAGAACCACAGAAAGCGUCAGCGAGACCGUCACCGGCACCAAAAUCCGGAAGUGAAGUAUCAGAAACGGCAAGUACAACGAAGGGCAGCAACGGUCAAAAAACAGAAGGUGAAAAGAAAGAAGAAGAAGGGGAAGGGGAAGAGGAAGAGGAAGAAGAGAAGCAAGAGGAAGAGGAUGAUACGAAAGAAGUGGAGGGGACAAGGAAAGAAGAAGCUGUUACCAGCACCACAGGGGAGAUAUCAGCAGGCACUGAAGAGCAGCCGAGUUUAUCUUCUGGUGCGGAGGGAGCAUCGAACAUAACAAAUCCCAACAGCACACCAACAACUGGAGACGAUGAUCCAGCAGCUGAUGGUGCAGGGACAGCAGAGGGAAAACAAAAUGAAAAUAAAGAUGCCAAUCCGAAAGAAGCACCAAUCGAAGCCACAGCCACGAAAACUACGACGGCGACGACUGGCGACAGUGACGGCAGCACCGCGGUCUCCCACACCACCUCCCCUCUUUUGCUUCUUCUUGUUGUUGCGUGUGCGGCUGCUGCUGCGGUGGUGGCCGCGUGA